AUGCAAGAGCCGCGGGCAACAGCAGCUCUUUUUGACUCAUCUGUGGGUCGAUUCAACUAUGUGCUUGUGCAAAGUGACACGAAGCACCGGCGGCUCAUGAGUAUACAUUCAAAAGACAAGGCGAAAUUCGGGAUAGAGUACAUUGUUAAGAUAAAGGGUUUCGUUUCGUCCAUUUUACUGCCAAAGGUAAAGAAUGUAGCAGAAGCAUUUAUGGGCGCGAAAUUAGCAGAUGCUAUGACCACAGUAUCGGCUCAACGUCAGAAGCCGAUGAAUGCAAGCAAAUUAUCGAGUUUGAAUGUGCUGCACAUCAUCAACGAGCCAACGGCAGCUACUACUGUCUGCGACUUGGACAAGAGGGUAGACGAGGAGAGCAAUGUGCCCAUCUUCCAUUUGGAUGUGAUAACUUCGUUGAUCUUCUUUCCCGACUGA